GUCAAUGACGAUGAACUACUGAGAUGUAAGCAGUGUUAGAUGAACUAAUUGUUUUUGUUUAGUCUUUUUCCCCCCACAGAGCUUUAAAAAGACAGGAAUCAGACAGAAUAUUCAACACACUUAAUUAUUACUAUCCAUAUUAAGUAAUUGCUGUGACUCAUUAAGGAUACAGGGCAACAAAAGCAAGUAACCUCGAAUACUGGUAGUAAUUUAUUCUAAUUAAAUAUUUAACUAAUCCCCCUUACUAUAACUUUAAAACGAACAAAUGACGUCACAUUCUUUCUCACCUAAAGUUGGCCUUUUUUGGUAGAAUUGUACCGCACACUAUCGCUACGAUUGUUUUUUUAUUAUUGUUAUUACUUUUUUAACAGCGUAAAGUCUGAAACCGCACUUUGUUCUUUACCUGCUGUUGGGACGUUACCAUGUCGACAGUUUUAGGGGGUUCCCCAGGGGUGACGUAAGGGAAUUUCCACAAACAAGAUUUGAACGUGAUGGUAAAGUGAAAGACCUUCCAAACCGUGAGACACUUCGACUGGCACGAGGUGUGUGUAAAAUAAGCAGAAGCAAAAGCUCUUUUUUCUCUAGCGCGGACACACACAUAUACACACACACACUGCCUUGAAAACGCGUACGUUGUUUUAAUACAGCUGGACGAGCGGAGCAGGCGGAAAUGAGUGUGUAGCGCGAGCGCAGCCGCUCCGGGACCUCAGACGAAGCUCGGAGGCGUUUAAAUAUUGAUAUUAAUAAUAAUCUUCUUCAACGGACUUUACCUUGCCAUGAAAAUGAACGGAACUGUUUCUAACGGCACGCCGGGCCCAGAUGAUUUCGACUUCGAGAUCAUAGAUGAAUUCCUAUUGGAGAAUUCAGCUAAGGACCGUCUCCCAGGUCCUCCUCCUCCACCUGCAGACUCUGAUGAUCAGCUUCAAACAUCAGCAAUAAUACCUGGAUGCAGUUCUACUACAGUGCUGGUCCCCAGAUGUACAGCAUCAAAGAAUUUUGACUUCGGUUCAGGCAACAUGUCAGCUCUUCCAUCAUCUCGUGGCUCCAGAGGUCAGCGGCGGAACACUGCUUCAGCAGUGGAUCCAACUGUGCGUCCUCACCACAGGGACACUGAACAGCUGGAGCAGCUGCUGGAUAAACCAGAGCUGGUGGUAGUGGAACAGCCCAAGGAGCGCGGCAUGAGGUUCCGGUAUGAGUGUGAGGGACGAUCGGCUGGUAGCAUCCUAGGGUCCUCAAGCACUGAUGUCAACAAGACGCUACCUGCCAUCGAGCUUCGAGGCCCAAUUAAAAACAUAAAAAAUGUAACAGUCACAGUGUCUCUUGUAACAAAGGACCUCCCUCAUCGCCCACACCCACACUGCUUGGUUGGAAAAGACUGUUCAGAUGGCAUUUGUGUGAUCAGCUUUAACCCUCACAAUACACGGCGUCACAGUUUUAUGAAUUUGGGCAUCCAGUGUGUUCGGAGGAAGGAACUGGAUGCAUCUCUGACGAGGAGGAAGAAGAAAAACAUCGAUCCAUUCAGCACUGGCCACUCGAAGAGUAUUGAGGACAUGGACAUGAACGUGGUUCGGUUAUGCUUCCAGUGUGAGCUAGAGAGGGAAAAUGGGGACAGGACCCACCUAUACCCUGUGGUAUCUAACCCCAUUUAUGACAAAAAAGCUACUACAACUGCGGAGUUGAAAAUUAACAGGCUGAAUAUUGUGCAAGGUCCCUGCACAGGCAAGACAGAGAUCUACAUGCUGUGCGACAAAGUGCAAAAAGAUGACAUUGAGAUCAUCUUCAGUUUUGGCAACUGGGAAGCUAAGGCUGAGUUCGCACAGACCGACGUGCAUCGGCAGAUCGCUGUUGUCUUCAAGUCACCCCCGUAUCAGGAGCAGGACAUUGGCGAAGAGGUUGAGGUGAACGUGUCUCUCCGUCGUAUUUCAGACCGCAUGUACAGUGAGCCGGUGAAGUUCACCUACCUGCCUCACAAUCCAGAUCCGUAUGAGGUCAAACGCAAACGGAAAAUUAAAUCCAGCAAGUUUAACGAGGACUGCAGUGGCAACGCAGAUGCGCUGAUGAGCACAGCAGGUCCUAUACAGCAGUUUGAUUCAUUCUGCGCCGAAGGAUCUGACAGCAGAAUUCCUGCCCAGGAUGAGAGUCAGGUCCCGUUCCCUCAAGUCCUGGAUGAGAUACACUAUCCUGACAACAGUCUCAGGGGAGAUGACACGUGUGUCAGCCUGGACCCAGACACAAUGAACAGCAUACUAGUGAGCAUCAACGAAUGCCUGGAGCCGCAGAACCUUCUCUGGCUAUUGAACAGCCAGGAUCCAAACUCCAAUGUCACGGAAACAAACCCAAAUCACAUGGAAGCAGGCCAGCCUUCUAUGUUUCCGUUUGUUGACCCAUUUUACAACCAAGAACUUCCACAAGAUCUGCAAGACAUUUUCUUACGUCAGGUCAAAACCGAAGACGACUCGUGAAGAACUCUGAAGACACUUAUAAGAGUAGAGAAGUGAAAAGAGCUUCUCAGUUUUCAUAAUUAAAAAAUAAGUACUAAGUCUGUACAAGUGAAGCGUAGGUUUAGAUUCAACCUGAAUGGCAUGUGCAUGUGCCAUCCCUGAGGGCUCUUUAAAUGACCCGUGGACCCUUUGAACCUGAAGGACAAAUCUAAGGAAAAGACCCAGUCUGAAAAAUGAGCUUUGUCUUUAUGUCUGUAUACAUUACAUAAAAUGGCUGCUCAGACUGUAACCUUUCUCUACUUUGAAGCGCGUGACUAGUGUCUCUUAAGUAUGAGCUUGAUGCCCUUCUGUGUGGUGAUGUAAUGCAUGUCAGGGAGAUGCACAGGACCUUAGGUAGUACGUAGUUCUUCUCUCUGAAGAAAAAAGAAAAGAAGGUUUCUGAGGAGUACUUGUCAAGUUGGUCAUUUAUGAAUUGCACAGGCUUCAUGUUUUUGUGUGUUAACCUGUCUAGAGCAGAACACAAAAUUCUCACCUUCAUCCAUAUAUAUUUAUGUAUACACAGUGUCAGGGGUGUAGAACAGUUUGGGCCCUGUACAUAAGCUGUCUCUUUGGGCCCACUUACUUUCUUGAUCCAUAUCUCUCACGCUUUAUUUCAGGCUUACAAGUGCCCUAGGUAGUCAGUCUCACAACCCCCCCACUAUAACACCCCUGUAGAGCAUGUGCAUAGCUAACAAUAGGCCUGGUUUUGGAACAUCUUUCACUUAGAAUGUCAACUAAUAGCAUUAAAUGCAAUGAUAUGAAAGUAGUUGACGUUUUAGAAUUUGGCAUUCUGUAAAAUAAAACAAUUUGUAUAUAUUGUAAAAAAAAAACAAAAAAAACACAAAGACGUAGCAGAUUGGAAACAGUAAAGAAUUGACUGGCAUCUACAUAAAUAAAUGUUUGUAAACUAUGUUGUAGUAAACCAUGACCAAAAUGCACUAUCAUGUCUUUUUGGAAAUAUUGUACGCAUCUGUGUGUCUACUAUUAAAGGCUUGAUUUAGA